CUCCAUAUCGUCUCCACUUUCUGUGUAUCUCGGAACAUGACAACUGUGUUAUUGGCAGAGCAGGUUCAGCCUGGGCCCACGUCUGACUCUCCACCUACAGGCGGCCGAAUUAGCUCAAGAUCGCGUGAUGGAUGCUGGAUAUGCCGGGACAAGAAGGUAAAGAAAAAGUGUGACCAGCAGCGGCCAAGAUGUGGAAGAUGUGUGAAGCACAAGUUGAGCUGCGACUAUUCGCCCCGACCCACGCUUGCCGAACGACGCAGGGCCUCACAAGACAUCGUUAUAGUGCAGGCCGCCAAUGAUGUACCUAAUGAUACUACCAAUCUACUACCAGCAUCUCCGAUCGGGUUACCAAUAGUCACUGGCGCCUGGUCUCGGAACUUGUCGACUGAGGACAAAGAGGCUAUUGCCUACUUUCGCACGGGGUUCGCCGAGUCUCACCAUACCAAGAACCCCGAUUACGGCCUCAUCUCUCUGAUGUUCCGUAUCGCGCAACAGGAAGAAAUGGUGAUGCACAUGGUCAUCGCUAUCGGUUUGCACGAAAUGGAUUUCCGCCGCCUGAGGCCCACCGCAAGACAAACUUCCCUACGGCACUAUGCCACUGCUCUCAGAUUGAUGGCUGUGGCUAUCACCUCGCCCGAAAAAGCCAAAGAUACUGAUUCGAUAUACACCACUCUGUGGCUCAUGCUUCUGUACGAGCAACAGUUUGGCGAUGCAGAAUGUAGAGCCUACGUCCACCACCUCGAGGGUAUAUCCUCACUACUACAACAUCAAGGUGGACGUCUUCUGACUUUAUCUCCUCGCAAGCCAGGUACGGUGAACAGGACUUCUGGUUUUCUGGGGAACUCGACGGAGAAAGCGACAUCUAAGAUGUCAGUCUACUCAGCGCGUGUCUUGGUCUGGAUAGCUUUGCUUGAUGCAGCAGCAGCGUCGUCUGGCGUGGGCGGACAAGUCAACAGUACCAUUCUCGCUUUGAUGAUUGGAGACACUUCAACACCUAAAGUACAAGUGGAGGAUCCCGUGAAGACAUUCACUCGUCUCCAUCGUUAUUCCAAUUCCCUCUAUCGUACGGCAUGGGGCGAUGCGUAUCCACAGAACGAGUUGGUCGAUGACGUCGAGAACCGCAGCAUCUACGCUUUGCUAUGUGCAUGCGCACAGCUGCGCUUUAUGACUGCACAACUUGCAACGAUCUAUCGCAGAGGUUCUCCUGCUGCUGCUCAAAAUUCGAUUGACGUCGGCAAUUCCAUUGCUGAGGUGGGCGAUCUCUUCGUAGAGCUCUUAGAGGUCGCCAGCGAGUUGUCUCCAAACACAAACAACAGUCACCGGCUCGUCGCCAACGUUCGUGCCAUUGUUCCCAUGUACUAUGCUGUGAUCCUGGACUUCGAUCGUCUGACUGCCUUCGAUGAACCGCUAGGCGAACGACAACAGUGUGCAGUUGAGGAAAUAAUGAAUCUCGCCUGCCAAGGCUAUGAACAUGAUGGCGACGAGGCUAUCAUCAGAGUCGCGUGGCCACUUUUUAUUGUAGCAUUGGAAACUGACGACUUGGGUCAUCGAAAGUGGAUAUUGGAUCGUUUUGAAGCUAUAAGCAAGUUUGGGAAGAACUUCCAACGUGCGCACCAAUUCUUGCUCGGGGCAAUUCCCAUACAAGAUAGACUUAGGGUUCGGAUCGACUUGAGAGAUCAGAUGGAGAAGACGGCAUUUUUCGUACUAGGGUAGUUUGCAACUUCUGAGCCAGUCAUCAUAAGCCCCACCCAUAAACUGAGCGCUUGUUUCGGGAGCUUCAUAUGCUAUGUAUAGGCGAUGCUUUAGUCUUGUAUGUUAUUAAUGCCUUCUGCUCGUGCCACCUGGCAGCGCCUAAUUUCUCGCAUGAUG